CUUUUGAUCAUGUAAUCGAAUACGAGACUUCGCCUCAUUUUCAUAAGUAAAACUAAAUUAAAUAAAGAAAAAUGCUGCGCCGCCUCACACAAAUUAGUGUCCAGCAACUGGUUCGCAAAAAGUCAACUGCUGCGUGCAGCAGCAAGGAUAAAUGGGAUCUAUUUGCUGGCGUUUUGGUCGAACGUCUACCGGUUGUAUCCAAAACAUUGAAUCCAUUGGAACAACAAUUUCAGGCAAUGCUUUCCCAUGUCGAAUACGAGAAGAGUCUUAAAUCGGAUUUUGAGCUAAAAAAUGAGCGAGAUUUGGUGCAAACGGAGCUGAUAAAGCAAGGCAAAAUGCAGGUGGAUCUGGACGACACGGUGGCCAAGCAAACGGCUCAGGAUCUGAAAGAUGCAUACACCGAGGAACUAAAAAAAUUCCAAUUGGCUCCACGCACAACAGCCGACGAUGCAAAUAAUAAGGCAACGUCAACGGAUCGUUGCCUGGAGGAUAUACUCUAUUUGGUCGUGAAGCAAAAACUGGGAUCACAGCAGCAUUUGGUGUUGCCACAGGGUCAACGCGAGCAGGGCGAAUCCAUGCGACAAACGGCGGAACGUGUGCUCCGCGAGCAAUGUGGAAAUGAGAUCCAGGUGGUCUUCUAUGGCAAUGCGCCAGUCGGUUUCCAUAAGUACAAAUACCCCAUCAAGGAGCGCACUCAGAGUGUUGGCGCCAAAGUCUUCUUUUAUCGUGCCUCUCUCAGAUCUGGCAAUGUGGUUGUAAAGCGGUCGGAAACUUCUGGUACCUACGAGUGGCUGCCCAAGGAAGCCUUAAACCAGAAGCUGAACACAGCGUAUGCGGAGAGCAUCAAUAAGUUCUUGAUAUGAUUUACAUAUAUAUAUUUGUUUGUAGUUUCAUUAUACAAUUUACUCGCUUUCUUUCAAAUAAAACGCAUUUGUAUUUAA